GAAAAUAAAUUUGGGUCCAGUUGCGCAUGCUGCGUCGUAUAUGACACUCUGACAGCAAGAUAAUUGAUUUUUAAUGUAUGAAAUGCAUGUAUAAAGUUUCUGAUACCGUUGUAUAAUAUUUCAUUUCCCAUUCAAGCGAUUAUUUUUAGGCCUGGACUCAAGCUUUUUCUAUAUGGGACUCACUCUAAUAUUGAGCACCCAAUAUAUCUUUGUUUGCUCUUCGGACUUGACUCGCCUGAAAUAAUAUUACCAAAUUCCUACAAGUAUUCUUGUAUAACAUUGUUAAUCAUUAUAUGGUAUUGUUAUGUGAAAUUAUAUUAUAUAGCAUUGUAUAAAUCUGCAGUCUUACAUUAAUGUAAAAUAUCAGAUAACAAUGCAUUUUACUGAAGCAUCACAAUGCAAUACAUUGAGAUAUUAAAUUUGGAUAGCAUGUUAACAUUGGAUAUACAUUAUAUAACGUGUUUAACUGCGAUAUUUCAUUUUAGAUGGACAGUUAGAUUAGAUAAUGUUUACACGUCAGUGGUACCGACCACGUGUUAGCGAUUCGUAACAGGUUUAUGAAUGUGAAUCAUUCUAUACCAGUGUGUUAUUUACGAGCAGGAUAGCUUUUAACUUUCAAAAAAGAGUUCAAGUUCUAGCUUGUUUAAGUUGUUUUGUGUUUGUUUAACAAUUGCUAUGUACAUAUAGCGGUGUACAGAUAAAACGCUACAUAAUAGGUUUGGUAUAUAUCGUGGAUAUCAAUAUAUCGAUCGACCCUCGAAAAACUUCCCCCAAAUCUAGUUUCUCCAAGGAAAAUUUCGCCUCAGGAAACGUUUGUCUCAGUCAAAAAUAGCCCACAAACGAUUUGCCCUCUGAUGAUUACUGUUUUUUUUUAUCCUGAGUGGUGUAGAAAAUGGCGAAUAUUAUUUAACAAAUAUAAGGCUUAGGUCAUAUGUUAGGUUUAGAUUGAAGCUGUGGUGAUAUAUCUGACAAACAUUUACAAACUCAUAUUGUUACCCCAGGGUAUGGUUCGAUAAUUAUGUGUCCUUGCUGUUAUGAAAAUAAGGAAAAUCCACAAGUCAGGUCUCGAGUGGGCUGAUAUCGAACGUUCCGGCGAUUUUUUCAGUAAACUUUAAAAUUCGUUGGUGGAACUAUUUUUUGGGUGAAUGCCACGAUAUUAAUUGGUUACGAGUGAAGGUUAAUCCAAACAACAGACUUGUAAACAUUUUCCGUAAAGAUCUUGAAGAAGUUGUGAUUCGUUAGACACAAUAUUACUUUGAAACAUGACGAAGAUGGUUAACAUUUUUACCCAACUGCAAAGUUUAUUCACGUAGCUAUAGUGUUCGCCUUGAAGAACCUAACAGAAGAGUUACGGAUGUUUCAAUAUAACUAUGUAUUUACUUGAUGUUUCUUUUGUUCAGAUAUCAAGUUUCACUAUUGGAUUUGUUUGUAUACCUGCAUACGAUUGAAGAUAACCAUAUUCACAACAAAAGACUAUCGACGAGGAGGACAUUUUAUAGUGACGGUGCCAUAAUGUUUAAACCCCUUUUAACAAAGCUGUUUCUUGCCGUAGCUAUCAUGGGGACUUUAUUUGUCACGUCAGAGUGGCUGAAUGUCAUCCCUGUACAUGUCAUGUUUCGGAUCCAACAGUUCCCGACAGUAAACGAUGUUAUCAGAAGACAGAAUGUGUCUUUAACCUCAUCGAAAGGAUAUAUCAAAGAAACACGAGCAGGAACUGUCCAUUCUUUCAAAGACGAAAUCGUACAAUACAAAAGCAAAAUUGUCAUGAAGACUAUAUUGAAAUCGCCGAUGGCGGCUAUUUCAAGGAAUAUUCUGGAUCGUUAUCUUGAGUAUCGUCAGAUACAGAGAGUGCAAAGUUUUAAGGAACUUUAUGAUCCUCGCUUUUCUGUGGUAGAGAUUGACAGGAAAUCAGGGUCUUUAAUAGCUGGUUCAAAACUCACGAUCAGAAUAUCUCUUUAUAAUGGUUUCAAUCAGUCUUUGACUCAGGGAGGCGACCUACUCAAUAUUUGGCUUCGAAAUGCCGAAGGAACCUCGACUGUGGCUGGUCACGUAGUCGACCAUAUGAACGGAAAUUACACAGGUCAUGUGAUGGCGUUUUGGGCAGGAAAUGUUAUUUUGAAAUUGACUGUCACAAACACAAAAGAAGGAAUCGGUUUAUAUACCAACUACGUGCAUGAGCGUGGAGCUUAUCAAUUCAUAAAGGCAACAUUUUCAAAUGGCAAUAAAACUGAGAUGACACUGUGUGCAGCAUCAAAGACUAACUGGCUGGAAAAAAGAUACGGAGGCUUAUGUAACCUUACGAAGGAAAAUUACAACUUAUCUUUUUUCUGCGGGAAGCCAAGGUCUCUUUCAUGUACGAGCUGGCUAAAAUAUUCAUAUGAUAGUGCACUACAUUUUGACCUCAAUUCAUCGCAAAUACUCGGUUACAAGGACAGGUUGUUGAAGCAGAUCAAACUGACCAUUGUUCCAAGUGAUAAUGGCGAUCUAGACUACCCGAUGCCUAAAACACCAUGCAAAGAUUUGCCUCCCGCUUUAACAUGGAACAGCACAGUACCAUCCGGCUUUCCUCCACAGAGGAAAGUAUCACAACCUUAUAUGUCGACAAACAGUAGAUCCCAAUUCUGAAAAAUAUCGGGCAUGUCUAAAAGACCGACACGUUAUUUCCAUUGGUGAUUCUACAACAAGACAAUGGUUCCUCCGUCUGGCGACAGUUUUGGGAAUAAGCGGUUCGAUUGGUAUUCCAUCAAAUAAAGUAUGGCAAAAGUUUGCUCGUGCAUACAACCAUACAAUGGGACUUGACACGGAAUGG